AAUCAUGGAUCCAAAUAUAAUAAGCCAACGAGAAAGUGUUGAAAGAUAUUCAGAUAAAUGUCAUGAUUGUUUCCCCAAAACGGAAAAAACAAAAAUUCAAGGUCGUUUUCAUUUCAAUUCCUUUACUUCUUGAGUUUUGCUUCGUCAUCAAUACAUAUACACAUACUUAUAUCAUAUAAGUAUACAUGAGUACCUAUAUUUAUACAAACAUCUCAUCUUCUAUCUAUAAAUAUAUGCAAAAAACACUCACACAUAUUUAACAUACCAAAAAUAUUACUUCUCUCUCUCUCUCUCUCGUUUUUGUUCUUGCUUCUUGUUCUAGUUCAGAUUUGGCUUUUGAAGUGAAAUGGUUAACGCUACAGUUGCGAGAAACAUUGCCGGAAUUUGUGGAAAUGUCAUAUCCUUGUUCUUGUUCUUAUCUCCCAUACCUACGUUCAUAACCAUAUACAAGAAGCAAAAGGUGGAGGAGUAUAAAGCUGACCCAUACUUAGCCACGGUUCUAAAUUGCGCACUUUGGGUCUUUUAUGGCUUACCAAUGGUUAAACCAGAUAGUCUCCUUGUGAUCACCAUAAAUGGUACCGGUUUGGCCAUUGAGAUGGUGUAUCUCGUAAUCUUCUUCUUCUUUUCUCCAACUAGUCGCAAGGUGAAAGUGGGGCUAUGGUUAAUAGGAGAGAUGCUGUUCGUAGGAAUAGUAGCCACAUGCACAUUGCUAUUGUUCCACACACAUAACCAGAGAUCUUCUUUUGUUGGAAUCUUCUGUGUCAUUUUUGUUAGUCUCAUGUAUAUUGCUCCUCUCACCAUCAUGAGUAAGGUGAUCAAGACCAAAAGUGUGAAGUACAUGCCAUUUUCUCUCUCACUUGCCAACUUCCUCAACGGUGCCGUUUGGGUUAUUUAUGCACUUAUUAAAUUCGACCUUUUCAUUUUGAUUGGAAAUGGACUUGGAACAGUAUCAGGAGCAGUACAACUUAUACUCUAUGCUUGCUAUUACAAGACAACACCAAAAGAUGAUGAAGAUGAAGAGGAUCAUGAGGAGAAUCUUUCUAAGGCUAACUCUCAGUUACAACUUAGUGGCAACAAUGGACAAGCUAAACGAGUUUCAGCUUGAUUAUAUGUUUUGGAUUCAUGAGUUAUGAAAUUUAUUAUUUCUAUUUUCUAGCUCUUGGGUGAUUUACUAUAAAUAACUCUAUUAUAUGUCCGUUUUUGUUUUGUGAAAUUCAAACUCCUUUUAGUCUAUGAAAGAUAUUAACUA